AUGGGUUUCGGGGCGAGCGUUGGGCGCCGCCGCGCCGUGCUGGGUGCUCGGUCAGCCUCAGCGGUGGGGAGCGAGCCAGGCCUCCCGCCACCGCUGCCGCCGCCACCGCUGCAUCGGGCUGGUGCAGCCCCGGUCCAGGCCGUGGCCGGGGCAGGAGCGCAGGGAGUGGGGUCCCUGGUCCCGGCUGAAGCCGAGGAGAUCACAGGCCGUGAGCGGGCACCGGACCGGCGCUCCCACCUACGGGACCUCGGGCGGCGGGACGGAGGCUCGGACGCUUCCCCAGCCUCUGGGCUGGCGCAAGCCGACUGCGGUUCGUCACCAGUCCGCGAUGAAGUCAUAGAGCUGUGGGUCCGCGUGUCUGUGACGUCAGUAGAUGGGUCCUGGGAUGUCACCGCAGGCCCGGGCGGGGACCUGGGCUCGCGGAAGGGCCGGGGGGACCCGCAGGGGAGAAAAAGGAAGUUGUCUUCCACAAACGCCUGGAAUCGCAGUGAAUUUGAAUCGAAAGUUGUUCGAUAUCAGCAUUUUGCAAUUUUAAUACAACCUUAUAAGAACUUUAAAUCUCAGAGCACAAACGCUUCGAAGUCUGGCUGGGCACAUGCCAUAUGCCGAUUUUGUGUCUUUCUCAACCUUCUUGGGGGCGGCGAAGGCUGGCGCGGCGAGCGGCAACCGUGUAGGUGUUUCGGACGCUGUUCGGGACUGGAGGCGGGUAAGGCUGGCAAGGGCGGCCCGACCCCCCAGGAGGCCAUCCAGCGGCUGCAGGACACGGAGGAGAUGUUAAGCAAGAAACAGGAGUUCCUGGAGAAGAAAAUCGAGCAGGAGCUGACUGCCGCCAAGAAGCAGGGCACCAAAAACAAGCGCGCGGCCCUCCAGGCACUGAAGCGUAAGAAGAGGUAUGAGAAGCAGCUGGCGCAGAUCGACGGCAUUAUCGAGUUCCAGCGGCAGGCCCUGGAGAAUGCCAACACCAACAACGAGGUGCUCAAGAACAUGGGCUGUGCCGCCAAGGCCAUGAAGGCGGCACAUGACAACAUGGACAUCGAUAAAGUUGAUGAGUUAAUGCAGGACAUUGCUGACCAGCAAGAACUUGCGGAGGAGAUUUCAACAGCAAUUUCGAAACCUGUAGGGUUUGGAGAGAAGUUUGACGAGGAUGAGCUCAUGGUGGAAUUAGAACUAGAACAGGAGGAACUAGACAAAAAUUUGCUGGAAAUCAGUGGACCCGAAACAGUCCCUCUACCAAGUGUUCCCUCUAUAGCCCUACCAUCAAAACCCCCCAAGAAGAAAGAAGAGGAAGACGACGACAUGAAGGAUUUGGAGAAGUGGGCUGGGUCCAGCGCGGGCUGGGCCAGGUUUCUGGUGGCCUGCGCAGCGAGCAGGCGUGUGCAUGUGCGCGGCAGGCAGGAUGGAUGUGGUGCAGGCAGGUUCCAUCGCUCUCGACUCUCACUCCAAAGCAGUGGGACCGCAUUGCUGCUCGCUCUCUGCAUAGCAUGAUCUGCACCUGGUGGGACGGGUGGGGGCGGAUGGAGGA